GAUGAUCGUCGCCUUUUGUUGACACCAUCAUCACAUCAACAAUUGCACAAUCAGUGCUACCGAGUUGAAGCUACCUUCCGUGACUGCUGCAACCGCAACACUCACCUCAUUCGUACCGGUACUUGCUUGCGGAUCGACCUUUCAUUCCUACCUUUGCUUAUGCAACACUAACUGUGAUCGCUGCUCCUGCUAAUGCCAGUAGUUUUGCGGUAGCAAUCAGUUUUUGAGAUUUCGAGAAACCGCCAUGAGCUCCGGCGGAAGCAAGAGAGCUGCGGAUGAUGGACCUUGGAAGACCGUGGCCUUGUCGUUUGCAGCGGGAGCUGCCUCCAUGUCGUUGUUUGUGUAUGCUCGUGACCGACGAAGACGGCGACGGAGGAAUGAUAAUGAUGAUGAUAAUGAGGGUAGCAAGAUGAACUUUUCUCAAUUACCUCCCAAGCCAUCUUCCAAUUUCAUUGAUACCGUCUGCCAGAGUGUGGAGGAUGCUGUGGAGGAUAUCAAGUCUCGAAUAGGAGAAAUGCCCGGUCGACGGACUCACUGGCCGUGGGAAACAAUACGCAAACCCAAAAAAGCGAGCAGCAAGGAACCACCCGACGAACCUGAUCCCUCCAUGAAACUGACCUAUGGGAUCACGGAUCGAGGAAAACAAGAGAGUAAUCCAGAACUCUGCAUUGGUUCCAUUUUUGGUCUGGAUGUUGGAGGGACUCUGGCCAAGUUGGUCUAUUUCGAACAGCGGCCUGAUCAAGACACUAUGGCGACGGAUAGCACUAAUUUUUGUGGAGGGGGUGGUAGCACUCGUGCCAAGCAUUAUCACAUGGCAGCAUCGGCCCAGGCUGUCUUGAUGGCUCGAAGAGGUCACGAUGAUACCUCGCCACCAUCGCUACAGACCCAUGAAUCCAUUGGAGGACAUGAACGAAUGCAACCGCGGAAUCUGUCCAUGGGAUUACUAAGACGAAAAUUGAGCAGUCAUUCCGAACUCAAUCAGCAAGCUUACGACGAUAAUACACAUGAUGACACUGCUGCUGAGAAUCCACACGACAAUACAUCCGCAAAAAAACCAAUUCAUACAGUCGCUUCCAAUGAUGACAUUCAUAACUUGUACAAUCUAAGACCAGAAUCCGUCCCUGAUGACUUGAAUGCAUACGCCACUUCUGUACACUACAAUGAAAUACACAAGAGAAAAAGCAACAGUGGCAAGAAUAGCCCCAAACGAAACAGCAAACAUACCCGGUCCAAUUCAGAUGGAACCAAUUCGACCGAUGCCAGCUUUGUCAUUGCUCACGACCACACUAACCACAACAACAACAACAAUACCACCACUACUCCAUCCAUGAAAAAGUCACGAUCCAUGUUUGAUUUGUCCAUGUCCCAAAAAUCACGAGAUCACGCCGAAGCACUGGACCGAUUCUACCAUUUUGCCCGCAAACUCGACACGUACCGAGAAGGUGUCAAGGACCACAAACUCAGCUUUUACUCACGGGCACUGGGAGGAGAAUUCCACUUUAUCCGGUUUGAAACACGACGCAUGGAAAAUGCCAUGGAACUCAUUCGCGCCAAUGAUUUGCACUUGACCAUUCGAGAAAUGGGAGCCACCGGUGGAGGCGCUCACAAGUACGCCAAUGAUUGGGAUCGCAUCCUGGGCAUUCAAAUGCAAAAACAAGAAGAGUUGGAAAGCAUGGUGGCAGGAAUGCAAUUUGUCUUGAGUACCGUGGUGGGAGAAUGUUAUACGUUUCGACCGCGAAAACCCAAAUCGGAGCGACCGUCAUCGGAGCGAACCACCUCGUCCGCCGGGAGCAGCAACAACAGCAUGGAAGAAGAGGAAAAGAAAUCGCUCAGUCCCUUCUCGUCGGAUGAAUCCGACAGCGAAUCGGGAGAAGAACCUCGCGACUAUGUGAAAACGGAUAUGUGGAAUUGGUCUCGCAAGGUACAACGAGACUCCAUUUCGUAUUCGUCCACGUAUCCUUACCUCUUGGUAACCAUUGGGACGGGAGUCAGCAUCCUACGAGUCGAUGGUCCUCGAAAGCACGAACGUAUCUCAGGUUCCACCAUUGGAGGAGGAACGUACUGGGGAUUGAUUCGACUCUUGACCAACAUUGAAGAGUUUGAAGAUUGUAUGCAGUUGGCGGAGCACGGGGAUCCCACCAAAGUUGACAUGAUGGUGGGAGAUAUCUAUGGCAAUAACCCCGAGGCGCUGGAAAAGCUGGGACUGCCGGCAGGCUUGGUGGCGUCGUCUUUUGGCAAAUUGGUGGCCAAGGAAGAUCCAGCCGCGGGCUUGACACAGGAGGACUUGGCUCGAGCGUUGCUGCUGAUGGUUACGAACAACAUUGGUCAGGUGGCCUAUUUGAAUGCUCAGCUGAACAAAACCUCCCGCAUUUACUUUGUGGGCAAUUUCUUACGUGGCAAUAAACUUUCACAGCGGCGCUUGUCCUUUGCCAUCAACUACUGGUCCAAGGGGGAGAUGGAAGCCCUCUUCCUGGAGCAUGAAGGGUACUUUGGUGCCUUGGGGGCCUUUCUGUUGAGUCAAGGUAUCAAUCCAGACGACCUUGGACCGCCACGGAGACAAAGCACCGUAUCGCAGAGCCACAGUUUUCACCAUCGACGAAGUCAAACUCUGGAAGAUCCAAUCUAACUGCCUGUCUGGGAUUGUGGCGCACUGAAACUUUCCACACGGCUGCGAAUGCAUUAGUAUCAUUUCACCCUAAGUUCAUGGAUCUGCGGAAACCCGUACGCUGUUGCGUCCAGUCAGAUAUCGUUGAGCUUAGCCUUGCGCUGUAGAAAUGCAAUAUAGCUAAUAAUGUUACAGUAGUGUUUCCUUCCCUCACGAACGUCAAGCGUCUUGUGCACCCUGCCAAUGUUGCCCACCGUCCUCAGACGCAUCUUCUUGCUAGGAAUGCAAUAUCUUAAUAAUGUUACAGUAGUGUUUCCUCCCCUCACG